AUGGCGGCCGUACAAGGCGGUAUGGCCGACGCUGUUGAAAUAAAGGACAUUAAAACAGAAGCACCCGUUGAUGCAGUCGUCAACAACAAUGCGAAUGACGGCAGGGUACUUUCUGCGUCCCCCGGGCCCGGUGCUUCGGUUGGAAGUAACAAACCCACGACAGGAGCUCUGGAGGAAAAGCAGACAUUGCUGGCAAUUCUACAAUUCCUUAAAAAGAACCAACUGUCCGAGUCAGUCGACAUUUUGCGUCGUGAAGCGGGAUUACCCCAGGAUUUGUUCGAUUUGAAGGAGGGUGAUGCGUCCUCAGGUUCUGGAGGUGCAACAGGGACUGUGGAAGGAGGAGGUCUGGAUGCCAACUCUCUUCUGAGCCGAGUGACAUCCUCCUCUGGAGCCCAGGCGCCAGUUAAAGCGCCACCUGCAGAGGACCAGCCGGAUGUGAGUGUGGUUUUGUCUGCUUACAGCCAGCAGGGAGACCCAGCUCUCUAUGAGGUUUAUUACAGUGGCUUGAAAAAGUUUAUAGAAACAGUUUUGGACUGUCAUAGAGCAGAGCUGUCCCAAGUUUUCUACCCCCUGUUUGUGCACAUGUACCUAGAACUGGUAUACAACAACCAUGAGAAUGUGGCCAAGGCAUUCUUUGAAAAGUUUAGCGGGGAUCAAGAGUGUUAUUACAGAGAAGACCUUCAAGUGUUGUCGGGUUUGACAAAGAAGGAGCACUUGAGAGGCAAUGAGACUCUGCUCGACUUUCGGACUAGCAAGUUUGUCCUGCGCAUCUCUCGUGACUCGUACCAAUUGCUCAAGAGGCACCUGCAGGAGCGCCAGAACAACCAGAUCUGGAAUAUCAUCCAGGAGCACCUCUACAUUGACAUCUUUGAUGGGAUGCCACGCAGCAAGAGCCAGAUUGAUGCAAUGUCUGGUAGUCUGGCUGGAGAGGGCAAGAGAGAGGCUAAUAAGGCAAAGGUUUAUUAUGGAUUGCUUAAAGAACCGGAAAUUGAACUACCACUUGAUGAUGAGGACGAGGAAGCAGAGAAUGAGGAGGGUAAACCUAAGAAAAAGAAACCCAAAAAGGACAGCAUGGGCUCCAAGAGCAAGAAGCAGGAUCCUAAUGCACCUUCACAAACAAGGAUACCACUUCCAGAACUAAAGGAUUCGGACAAAUUGGACAAGAUCAUGUACAUGAAAGAGGCAACCAAGAGGAUCCGACUGGGACCGGAUAACCUCCCUUCCAUUUGUUUCUACUCUUUUCUCAACGCAUACCAGGGUUUAACUGCUGUGGACUUCACAGAUGACUCAAGUUUAAUUGCAGGAGGCUUCGCUGACUCCUCAGUCAGAGUGUGGAGUGUCACUCCAAAAAAGCUACGCAGAGUCAAGUCAGCAGCAGACCUCAAUCUGAUUGAUAAAGAGUCAGAUGAUGUGUUGGAAAGGAUCAUGGAUGAAAAGACAGCCAGUGAGUCAAAGCUCCUGUAUGGGCACGGUGGUCCUGUGUAUGGUAUCAGCUUCAGCCCAGACAGAAACUACCUGCUGUCGAGCUCUGAAGAUGGCACAGUGAGGCUGUGGAGUCUCCAAACCUUUACCUGUCUGGUGGGCUACAAAGGCCACAACUACCCUGUGUGGGACACCCAGUUUUCUCCCCAUGGGUACUAUUUUGUCUCCGGGGGACAUGACAGAGUUGCCCGUCUUUGGGUUACAGAUCACUAUCAGCCUCUGCGGAUGUUCGCUGGUCACCUGGCUGACAUCACUUGCACGCGCUUCCACCCCAACUCUAAUUAUGUGGCCACAGGGUCAUCUGAUCGUACGAUCCGCAUGUGGGAUAUCCUGAAUGGGAACUGUGUUCGCAUCUUUACUGGUCACAAGGGUCCAAUCCAUGCUUUGUCAUUCUCUCCUAAUGGGAAGUUUUUGGCUUCCGGGGCCACAGAUGGCAGAGUUCUUCUUUGGGACAUUGGUCACGGACUCAUGAUUGGAGAGCUCAAAGGCCAUACAGACACCAUCUACUCUCUCAAGUUCAGCAGGGAUGGUGAAAUUCUUGCCUCUGGCUCCAUGGAUAACACAGUUCGCCUGUGGGAUGCCACGAAAGCAUUUGAUGAUUUGGAGACUGAUGACUUUACCGCAACUACAGGACACAUUCAUUUACAAGAAAACUCACAGGAGCUUCUGCUUGGCUGCUACACAACUAAAUCCUCAGCUGUCCUGCACCUUCACUUCACCCGCAGAAAUCUGCUGUUGGCAGCAGGUGGCUACAAUCCAUGAAAUCUUUUAGUGAAUUGAGCUUGAAAUAGUUUUUUUUUCCUUCCACAAGUAACUGAUAUUUUUGGAAGGUGUGAAAAUAUCGAAUAAUAAAUGAUGUACUUAAUGCUUUUCAACUCUUAUUACACUUGUUCUUAAUGUGGGACGUAAAUUUAGUUGUCCUAAUACGGUGCCAUUGUAACUAAUAACCAUGUUAGAAAUAUUUGUAGCUCUACAUGUGGCUACCAUAUUUGUAUUAUAGU